GCCUCGUCUGGUCGUCCGAUCGUCGCGUGCCCUGUCAUUGGCUCAUGCUGGUCGCCCGCAACUCUCCCCGCCUUUGUGAAUUCAUUUACCGAAAAGACUCGUGGCAACACAGUGCUCUUCCUUCCUCUUUGAUAAAGGCCUCAUAGCACCGUUCAGCAGCAGCCAGUCGGUAUUGAAGCAUACAGGGAAGCCGAACACUCUUCCGCUUCGCUUCACCUUUCGCAGCAGUUAAAAACUCCCAGAAAAACAACAACAAAAAAUAAAAAACAGAACCAUGAGGCAGCGCACCAAGAGCGUCGUGAACGUCCGCGAAUACUUCCGCAUGGACGGCAGUGGCGCCCCCGAGCAGGAGGACGACGAUGACAACGAUGACUGGAUGGCCAUCGCCAUGCAGGGCGCACCGCGUAAGGUCAGCGUGGAAGUCGUUAAGCCUGGCAAGAAGGCACGCGCUCGUACGUCGACGUGUGACUCACUGGCCGAGACGGACGACGACUCGGAUGGCGAGGAGGACGAUGGCAUUCUGCGCAUCCGAGCGUGCAGUCACGACCGCCGCAUCAGCUUCGACGACGACGUUAACGUGGUGGAGAUCCCCGCGCGCUCGAGCUUCGACGCCGACUACAAGCGCCGCGUGUGGUACUCGCGUGACGAGCUGCGUCGCAGUCAGCAGUGUUGCUAGACAGCAGAAAGACGCAGAGAAUACGACACCUCUCUUGUCUUGAGACUGGACCCAAAGGUGUCGUCUGGUCAAUCCAAGAGAAGAGAGAGAAAGCGAACGAGAGCUUUCCAACCCCCCAAGUGACUGAGCUACAAACGUCUCUCGAGAGCUGGCGAGGCUUCCGAGUGCGAGGCCCAGUUGGUUGUUUAUUUAUCGAGUCGAGCGUAGGCACAGACACGAAACUUACAUUAGGUCUGACGGGCUUAAGUGCAUUCUUGGCCAGGGCGAUCCGAAGUGAUAGGGUCCCUACAUGCGAAAUACACUCCUGAAAAGACUAGCUUAAACCAACUUCCUCUGUAACGGACAUGCAACUUAUUUAAACAUUUUAUCAACCACUUUGCCACUUCCAUCGUUUGCAUUAAAAAAAAAAACAAA